GACAGCGCAGUGCGUCGUUUCGUCACGCAAACCGUGCUUCGCUUUCGUUACGUAAGUUCCAGGGAGGCGGAAGUGUGAUGUGGCUUUGAUUCCCAUUAACAAAAAUGUCAGCCAUUUUCAACUUCCAGUCACUACUAACUGUGAUUCUCCUCCUGAUCUGUACCUGUGCCUACAUCAGAGCAAUGGCCCCUAGCCUGCUGGACAAGAAUAAGACCGGGCUUCUAGGAAUUUUUUGGAAGUGUGCUAGAAUAGGUGAGCGGAAGAGUCCCUGGGUGGCCUGCUGCUGUGUCAUCAUGGCUUUUAGUAUACUGUUCCUACAGUAGCAAUCUAAAGAAAACCAAUAAUGGAAACAUUGGAGAAAUGGAGAGACAAGAAGACAUGGACAGGAUGAUCCUAGAAGCACAAUAAGACCUCCUUUGCUUAUCAGUUAGAUAAUGUAAAAAGAGAGACCUGACAUCACGUAAUGAGUCACGGAGAGACUGUGUAUGGCCCUGGAGGUGGAGGAGGGGGUUAGCUGAUAGCAUUUGUGUGAAUCCCUCCACAGACUUCCAGGUCUGUACGUUUGAGUGUGUGUGUGGGAGGAAGAAGUGCGCCGCUUUUCUGUUAUCUGCUAUUUGUGGGAUCAAAUGAUUCAGUUUGUCUAAAUAUUUCAAACAGAUUUUUUUUCCAUCAUUUUUUGUCACUAUAAGGAGCUGAUUAAUCUGUUUGAAAUUCUUCACAAAGAGGACCCCAAUAAAUGUUUAAUCUGUUAAGGGAUUUACAUGCUGACUUAUAUUUGUUAGCUGUUUGUUGUGUUGAAAAUGGAGGGUACAGCAAACAAAAUGGUAUUAAAGCUCUUCAGGUGUCUAGUUGUCCUACAUUUUUGCCUCAAAGAGCUACUGAUGUUUUUAAUGUCAGUUAGUUUGCAGCUAUUUAUUAAAGUCCCUUUUUUGGAAAUGUG